GCCGCGCGCCCCCGGGACCGGCUCGGGCUGCGGCGGCACCGGCGGCGGGACCGGGCCCGGUACAGGCCCGGGGCACCGCAGGUGGCCCCGGCGCCGCUGAGCCAUGCGGGAUCGCCCGGCGCUGUCGCCAUGAGCAGCUGUCGCCACAAUGGGGGGGUGACACGGGCCCGGGGCCCCCCGAGCUCCUCCUGCCCGGCCGGGGGGGACGCGCUGCGCCCCUGCCCCAGCCCGCGCCUGCAGGUGCUCGUGUCCCGUCCGGACCAGCCGGUGGCCACCGAAGGCGCGUUGGUGGCCAGCUCAGCGGGCCGAGAGGCGAGCGAGGAGCGGGCGGGCGAGCGGAGGAGGAACCAGAACAUCGGCUACAAGCUGGGCCACCGGCGGGCGCUGUUCGAGAAGCGCAAACGCCUGAGCGACUACGCGCUGAUUUUCGGCAUGUUCGGCAUCGUGGUGAUGGUGACCGAGACGGAGCUGAGCUGGGGGGUCUACACCAAGGAAUCGUCGUAUUCGUUCGCGCUCAAGUGUCUCAUCAGCCUGUCCACGCUGAUCCUGCUGGGGCUCAUCGUGAUGUACCACGCCAGGGAGAUCCAGCUUUUCAUGGUGGACAACGGCGCCGACGACUGGCGCAUCGCCAUGACCUCGGAGCGCGUCUUCUUCAUCGCGCUGGAGCUGCUGGUGUGCGCCAUCCACCCCAUCCCCGGCCAGUACCUGUUCACCUGGACCGCCCGCCUGGCCUUCACCUACGCGGCCUCGGUGGCCCACGCCGACGUGGACAUCGUGCUGUCCAUCCCCAUGUUCCUGCGGCUCUACCUGCUGGGCAGGGUGAUGCUGCUGCACAGCAAGCUCUUCACCGACGCCUCGUCGCGCAGCAUCGGCGCCCUCAACAAGAUCAACUUCAACACGCGCUUCGUCAUGAAGACGCUCAUGACCAUCUGCCCCGGCACGGUGCUGCUGGUGUUCAGCAUCUCCUCCUGGAUCAUCGCCGCCUGGACCGUGCGCGUCUGCGAGAGGUACCACGACAAGCAGGAGGUGACCAGUAACUUCCUGGGGGCCAUGUGGCUGAUCUCCAUCACCUUCCUGUCCAUCGGCUACGGGGACAUGGUGCCACACACCUACUGCGGCAAGGGCGUGUGCCUGCUGACCGGCAUCAUGGGCGCUGGCUGCACCGCCCUCGUGGUGGCCGUGGUGGCCCGCAAGCUGGAGCUGACCAAAGCUGAGAAACACGUGCACAACUUCAUGAUGGACACGCAGCUCACCAAGAGGGUGAAGAACGCGGCUGCCAACGUGCUGAGGGAGACGUGGCUCAUCUACAAGCACACCAGGCUGGUGAAGAAGCCGGAGCCCGCCCGGGUUCGGACCCACCAGCGUAAGUUCCUCCAAGCCAUCCAUCAGCUGAGGAGUGUGAAGAUGGAGCAGCGCAAGCUCAACGACCAGGCCAACACCUUGGUGGACCUGGCCAAGUCGCAGUCGCUGAUGUCGGAGCUGCUGGCCGAGCUGCAGGAGCGCCACGAGGAGCUGGAGAAGCGGCUGGCGGCGCUGGAGGCGCAGCUGGAGGCGCUGGGGCUGAGCCUGCUGGCCCUGCCCGGGCGAGUCAGCCAGGCGCUGGGCCAGCACCGGGACCCGCUGGGCCAGCACCGGGACCCGCUGGGCCAGCACCGGGACCCGCUGGGCCAGCACCGGGACCCGCUGGGCCAGCAGAGAGACACGCUGGGCCAGCACCGGGAGCCCCUGGGCCAGCACCGGGAGCACCUGGGCCAGCACCGGGACCCACUGGGCCAGCAGAGAGACACGCUGGGCCAGCACCGGGACCCGCUGGGCCAGCACCGGGACACCCUGGGCCAGCACCGGGACACGCUGGGCCAGCAGAGAGACACGCUGGGCCAGCACCGGGACACGCUGGGCCAGCACCGGGAGCCCCUGGGCCAGCACCGGGACCUGCUGGGCCAGCAGAGAGACACGCUGGGCCAGCACCGGGACCCGCUGGGCCAGCACCGGGACACCCUGGGCCAGCACCGGGACACGCUGGGCCAGCAGAGGGACACCCUGGGCCAGCACCGGGACACCCUGGGCCAGCAGAGAGACACGCUGGGCCAGCAGAGGGACCCGCUGGGCCAGCACCGGGACCCGCUGGGCCAGCAGAGAGACACGCUGGGCCAGCACCGGGAGCCCCUGGGCCAGCAGAAAGACAUGCUGGGCCAGCACCGGGACCCGCUGGGCGAGUGCCGGGACCUGCUGGGCCAGCACGGGGACCCGCCGGGCGAGCACGGGGACCCGCCGGGCCAGCACCAGGACCUGCUGGGCCAGCAUCGAGAUCUUCUGGGCCAGCAGAGGGACCUCCUGGGCCAGCAGGGGGACACUCUGGGCCAGCAGAGGGACACAUUGUGCCACCAUCGAGACACUCUGGGCCAGAAGAGGGACACACUGGGCCACCAGCGAGACACUCUGGGCCAGCAGAGGGAGCUCCUGGGCCAGGACUGGGACCUGCUGGGCCACCAGCGAGAUCCUCUGGGCCACCAUCGAGACACUCUGGGCCAGCAUCGAGACACUCUGGGCCAGCAUCGGGACCCCCUGGGCCACCAUCGAGACCCCCCGGGCCACCAUCGGGACACUCUGGGCCACCAGCACGGGGACCCGGCCGGGCCGUGGCCACCGCGCCUCUGCUCGGCCACCGCCCCCUGCAGCCCCGCUCGCCACCGGGGCCGGGGCAGCCCCGAGAGCCCCCGGGCGGCCUCGGACAGCGGCUGA